AUGCCUCAUCAUUAUAUUAAGGUUAAAUCAUCUUCGUGUGUUAAUGAUGAAAAUGGAAAUGAAGAUUUAAAGUUAAAGGAACUUCAGUCAUCAAUAUAUAACAUUGAAGUGGAUGAUGUACUAUCCAAAUUUUCAAAACACAUAAUAUUACUUCCACAAUCGGAUCAUGUACGUGUCUUGCAAACAGUUAUAAGGAAUAAAGAUACUCCAAGGAACGAAUUCUUAUUCAAUGCAGAUUGUCUAAUACGUUUAGUAGUUGAAGAAGGCUUAAAUCAACUUCCCUAUGAAAACGUGUGCGUUACGACCCCCACAGGACAUUCAUAUCAAGGUAUAAGUUUUCUUCGUGGAAAUUGUGGAGUAUCUGUUAUGCGAUCUGGUGAAGCAAUGGAACGUGGCCUAAGAGAUUGUUGUAGAUCUAUGCGUAUCGGAAAGAUAUUGAUACAAAAAGCCAAAGAAAACGAUAUUGAUGCUAAAGUAUAUUAUGCUAAAUUUCCACCGAAUAUUGAAAAUAGAAAGGUUCUAUUAAUGUAUCCUAUUUUAAAAACUAUUCCAAGUCACACUGUACGGGAAAAUUGCCCAGUUGUUUUAUCCCAAGAUCUUUCGACAAUACUUGAUUUAUAAUGUAAGAUUGUGAACCUCAAAUUUUUGAUCUCAACAUUUAUGGCUUCCAAUACUUCUCAUAUUCUAUCAUUGUAUCCCCAUUACCUAACCAUAGAAGUUGAUACUUUGUACUUUAAUUUUAAAGAAUGGUUUAGUUGUUAUAGCGCUUAACCUAAAUGACUGAGUUAUAUAUAUAUGGCUCUCCUCAUUUAUUUUGAUCUGGAUACCCUGUCAGUGUAUUAAUAUUCCAUAAGCAAAAACAAAGUCCGAAAUCCAGCACAUAAAUCUAUGUAGAGGUGUGUUUUGCUGGUUAAAACAUUCUGCUCUUAAGCGAAAUCUUAACAAUAAGUUACACUUCAUACUUCUUAAAGA